AUGUCAAAGCAAUAUUAUUCCUUUAAAAAAGGGGUAGGGGGUGAACUGGAAGAUAACACAUUUGUGACAUUAUGGGAAUUUCUAGAGUCCUGGGUUAUUCAAAAUGAUUGGAUGGCAAUUUUCUUUAUAAUUUUACUAGGAAUUAUUUUUGAAAUAAUACUCAUGAAAGCUUGUGCAUCCUUUUGGAAGAAGUCCACACUUCCUGAAAAGGGUAGUUCAGAUGUCUGGGAGAGGGAAGACAGUUGCCCGAAAAGCAGGAAAUUUGCUCCAGAGAAUUGGUCAGUUAUUAAUCCAUCUUCAGGAGAAAGAGUUGGUACCUUUUCAGAGAAAAGAAUUACUUCAUCGCUUACAUCUGAAGAAAAGGAAUGUAACUUUGAAGAUAGAAUUUUAUUCUCACAUGAAAUAAUACGGUCAGGUACUAGUGAAAGUGAAGAUCAAGUAAGUCACUCUAGUGGAAGUCAUGUGCCAUCUUCAAAUGGAAUCAGCUCAUCUUUGCCAUUGUUUUAUUCAGAAGUAGAGGAAAUGUAUCUAAGCCAUACAGAGCAUCCGGACAGUGAAUGUGAAACAAUACAAUUUUCCUCCAAGAAAUUGUUUUCAAUGAUGAAAACCAACAAAAACAAAAAUUCUGAAUUUUCUUCUGAUCUUAGCUUUUCAGCCUCUAGAUUAGCUGUAGAAAUUGAAGAUCUAGAUGUGGCACCUUGCCCUCUUGCCCACUUAUUUCUUUCUAGAGAUCAAGUUAGACUUCUGGAAGAAAAUGUGAGAAAUCAAAUUCCUUCAAAACCCAAAACUAAGUUAGGGAUUAGAACUACUUAUCAAUGCUCAAGAUCUCAAGAGCCCUUGAAUCAGAAUCAACCUUCUGUUGGAAUGGUUAUUUCUGUCCAAGCACAGGAUUCUCUUCCAGGACAAAAUGCUUUUCAGAAUCAAUGUCUUUAUGAAGUCCAAUUUACUAGUCAAACCCAAUAUAUAAAUCAUAACCAAGAAUCAGUUAACAGCCAGCCUGAUAGCAAGGCCAGCAACUUUGCCCAACCUGAAGAUGUGAUGAGGAAGCCAUUUUCUAGCAGCACACAAGACUCCUUCCAGUCCCAAGAUUUGGAUAGGAACCAACAUUUUGUUAAAAUUCCAUCAACUGUUGAGGCACAAUAUUCAGUAAAGGGCCUGGAGUCUGAUGAGCACUUAGGUGAGGAUCAGCAUUCUGUUUGGUUUAUAAAUUCAAACAAGAUUAAAUAUUCAAUUAAGGGGCAAGACACUAUUUUUAAGAAUGCUGAAUUUCUAGUUUUAACUCUGAAUCCAAAUUUAGUUACCGAAGAUAUGCCACAACUAAGGAGUGUAAAACCACAAGGCCAGCAACAAAUUGUUUCACCAGAAUUAAACCAGGAUUCUGUACAUAGCUCAGUGCCUCUUUUGUCUACCAUUAAAGGGCAGAAAAAUAGAAGAAAAACACCAGACAGUAAAAGCAAACUCAGUCUUAACAUUCCAUCUCUAAAAGCCAAAAAAACACCAACUUCACAAGUAUUUCGAAUCACAGUAUGUCACACGUUAAAAAAUAGGAAUGAGUUAGGAUGCAAGAAUAACACUGAGAAGAAAGAAUUACAUGAAAGGAAAGACAUAUCAGAUAUAGCUUUGCAUCUUAUUUCUAUUUCCAAGCUUAUUCUGCCUUAUGUUAAAAAUUAUUCCAGAAAACAACUACUGAAAGUCAUGCCGAGUUUAAUAAAAUGUGGACAUUUUCUGCAGAAGCAAAAUAAGUCACCAGAUACAGAGAAAAUCAGUUAUGCAGGUCCUCUUGAGGAGACAGGAAUCUCAGGUAUUACUAAAAAGGAAGAGGAGUAUGACAAAGAAAACAAAGGACUAAAAAAUAUUUCACCAAAAAUGUUACCUCAGCUAGAACAAUCCUUCAUGGUCAACACUGUUCAACUAAAAGCACCUUGUUUACUAGUAGAAACAAAUGGGAAGAGUAACGAAUCUCUUAAAGACUCAAUUACUCAAGCAAAGGGAAUUGGUAUUACAGAAUUUCAUGCUCCAAAUAGUAAAAAACCAUUUGAUCUGCAUAUUCCAAAUCACAAGACAUCUUUAGAAGAAGCCAUAUCAAAACCUAUGCAGAAACUUGUUUUCUCUCCCGAAAUGGAAUCAAACAAUAGAAUGAAAAUACCAGAGGACCUACAAAGUUCAGAGAAUUCCUGUCUUCAACUUUCAAAUGGAGAGGAGUUACCAACCAGUACACCAAAAAUGCAAAGGUGCUUUCCAAGGGGAAACACACAGAAACGAAAAGAUUUUUUGGAACUUGUUCUGGAGUUGUCAAAUGUCCAUUUGGUCAUUUCCCUAGAAAGCAAAAUGCAUAAAAGCAGUGAAGAAUUAGAAGCCAUAAAAAUUCAAGUGAGUGCAGAAAGUGUAAAUCUGAAGGAAAAUACACCAUUGAUACUUAAUGUUACAGAAGACAGUGACCUACGUGAAAGUGAGGAACUAGAAUGCAACACUGGAAGUAACAUAACAAAUAUGCACAAAGAUAAAGAAACGUCUGAUGCAUUUCACAGUGCCACUUACACUAACAUUUCUCAACUACCUGAUACAGAAACACAUAGCAGAUUAAAAGCCAAGGCAGAUACAUUAAGAAUAAUAAGGCUCAGUCAUUCAGCAUCAAAGCAAGAGAAAUUACCAGAUAAGAAGGGAACACAGAAUGCAGAACACAUUGAUAACAGCUCUACAUUUAAAAAGCCACAAAAAUGUGAUAGAAAGGAACAGGAGAAAGAAGCAAAUUCAGAGGUGACACAAGGCUUCAGGUUCAGCGUACAUCUAAAGCAAAAGCCCAAAUACAUCAAAUUUGAAAUGGAACAGAUCAGUUCAGGAAGUAAAGCCCCAAAUAAAGAGCAAGAGGUCCAACUACAAAAUCUUUCUACACAAAGUAUUUUGGAGACUAGUCCAUGCCCAAUGAUGGAUUCAUUUCAAGUUGAGAAGGUGAAGCAAAGCACAGAUAGACUUACAGACAGAGAGGGUGCCAGAGAUCCAAAGAAUCCACUUACAAUACCAGAGAACUUGCCAGUUGGUGAACUUUUAAGUGAAACAACAGAGUAUAGUGUCCCAUUUGGUGGAAACCUCCAAAAGACAAUGGAGAGUCAUAUUGUAGAAGAAAAGGAAGAUGUAAAAAGAUAUUUACCUGCAGUUGCCCUGGGGUCUUUCAAUAACCACUUGCUUACUUUACCAUAUUUUAAAAGGCAGGAAAUUAAAAAAAAAUUAUCAGAAACAAAAAGUGCACUCAGUGUCAAAUAUGUAAUUAUGAAAGUAAAGAAACCAGCAAUUUCACUGAUGCCUUAUAUCAAUAUAUGUGGUACUCCAAACCACAAGAAAAAAAUGGGAGGCAAUUUUGAAAUUAUAAUUAAACAGAUACUGCAAGAUAAAAUUGUGGCAGGUAUGCUUCUGAAUGUUAUUUACCCUCAUAUGUCUAUUUUGCCUAAUACUAGAAUGCAUAGCAGAUUAAAUGCAGAGAAUCACAGUCAUAUCAAGCUAGUCCAAGAGGAAUCCCAAAUUGAAAGGGAAGAAAAGUAUCCAUAUUUCAUUAAUAAGGGAAAUGAAUCCCAAAACAUACUAGAUGCUAAAUUGCAAGAUGAAGUAAAAGGUGUUAAAGAAACUCUACCAAAAGCAGUCCUGCAUGAUAGCUGGAACGUUGGACUUGAUGCAUAUCUAGCUAAGGAGACUAAAACAGAGAAAGAAAUGCAUCAACCAAUACCAUUCACAGAAACUAUUAUGAAGUCUGUUGUGUCUCCCAUAAUGGAACCAUCUCAUGUUGAGAAUGUGAAGAGUACUCAAACAACACAAACAGGCUGCAAAUGCACUGCACAUUCAGAGAUGCCUUCUCCAAUAUCGGGAAAAUUGCUGAUUGGAGACCCUUUCAACCAAACAAGAGAAAAUGAUGUUCCAAGUAAUGGAAGUGAUACAAGAGAAAUGGGUUACUGUUUUGCAGAAAAAAAGACGGAAAUACCAAAAGAUUUACCAGCAACUUCGCUAGAGUCUUUCAAUUACUGCAUGCCUGUUUUAUCUUGUUCUAAAGUGAUGAAAAAGAGAGUAACAUUUUCUCUCACAACAAGUACGGUGAAGCCCAAAUGUGUAAAUAAAAAGGCUGUGAAGCCAUCAAUCUCAGAGACAGUCAGUGUCACAAGCCACAGAAAGAAAUCAGAAUUAGACUUUAAGACUAAGUUUAAAAAGUUAAAUCAAACUAAAGGAUUUGUACCUGAAUGUGUAAAUACCCUUUGCUCUCCAAUGCAUGGCAGAUUGCAGACAGAGUUCUGUCUCCCUGCGUCUCAAUUAAAGCAAGGAGAAACAGUAGAUAAGACAUACAUUGAUGUCUUUGCUAAGAGUAGUAUAUCCCAUGACAGAGAGGAAAAAUUGCAAGAUGGAGAGGAAGAGGAACAGAAAGUUUUAUUAGAAGCAGCACCACAGCUGAGUCAGCAGCUGGGGUCUGAUGCGGGUCAAAUGAAGGAAAUCCAUCUUGAAUCAGACCCAGUGCUGAACUGUUUAACAAUGGAGCUACCUAUUAAUGGACAAAGUUUGCAGCACCAAACAGGUUUUAAACAAACUACUUUAGAGACUAGUCUCCAAAUGGGUCCUUUAGAAGCUGAAGAACUACCAAAAGUCAACAAAACAGAAAAUGACAUAAAAGUCCCUGUGGGUCGUAAGAUUCCACCUCCCAAAGCUUUACAGACUCCGGAGAAUAGCCAUGGCUUCAUACUCAAUGCAUAUCAGAAGGAUAAUGAGUUUGUCAAAUCAGAUGAGGAACUGAAGCAACCAGGAAAUACAAAUAUUCAGGUACAACCACAAAAGCAUUUUACACAAACUAUUUUGGAGUCUACUUCAUGCCCUACAUUGGAUCAAUUUCAAUUUGAAAAGGUAGAGAGUUAUGUUAGGCUUUCACCUCUAAAGUCAGGGGAAGCAAAGGUUGAUGAAAUCAUAUUUUAUGCAAGAGAAGGUGGUAUCUCAUCUGAUUCUAGCCAUCAAAAGGAACAAGCUGCUGGUAGUGAAAAGAAAGAGACAGUGAUUUUUGAUUCCUGCAUGCCUGCUUUAUCUACACCUAAAAGGAAGAGAAACUUAAAACAAUUUUCAGACAUGAAAACUUUAGUGAAUCCCAAAUGUGGAAUUAUAAAGGCAAAGAAGCCAUCAAUUUCAUACAUGCUCAAUAUCAAGGCUGGUGCUGGUCCAAACCAUAGAAAAGAACUGAGCUGUAACUUGACAACCAAAAUGAAAGAAGUGCAUCAAGGCACAAAGGGAGCAGAUGAAACAUAUGCUUUCCUGACUAUGACACCUGACAUUAACAAGUAUGGCAAGGUAGAAACAGAGAAAGACACGCUAAGAGGAAAAAGACUCAGUUCUACUCAAGUAAAGCAAGAUACAUCUCCACAUGAAGAUAGUAUUACUUCACAUAACAUUAAAGAAACCCAUCUUCAAGAUGAAGAGCAAGAAGAAAGGGAACCAGAGGCAUUGUUAAAAGUAAUUCCACAGCACCUGCAACAUUUCAUAUUCCAUUCAGGUCAGAGGAAGGAUCUUGACUUUCGCAAAUUAGAAGACCAAGGAAGAAGGAAAAUUCUGUUUGUUACCAAACAAGAUGUCCUACAACAACUUCAGCCUGCAGAGCCAAUACAAGGAGAGGAGACAAAGAAAUGCUUCUGGAUUCAAAAUGGCACAGCAUGCACAUUAAAUUCAAAACUUCUUCCUCUAAAAUCAGAGGACCCACUAAACAGUGAAGUUUUAAUUGGUGCAAUAAAACGUGGUGUACCAACUGAUAGGAAAGGUGUGGGGGAACAGCACAAUUCAGGUAAAGGGGAAAAGGCAGAGUUUAAUAAAGAUCUACAAGCAGCCAUCCUGGAGUUACAGAAUUCACCACAUGGUGGGGAGGCACAGAAGGUCAAUUUGACUGAUAUGGAAAGCGAAUCUAGCAAUGCAAUGAACAUGAAUGUACAACAUGAAAAGGAAGAUAAAAAUACUCAAAAAAUGUUACCAGAAUCAGUUCCAUGCUAUAGUCAACACCUCAGUUUCAGUACACAUCAAAUGAAAGAUCCUGACCCUUGCAAAUCAGGAUCUGAACCGAAGAGUCCUGAAGGCAGAAGUUCUUGGAAUUUGUCUCAUAUAAUGCAAAAAACAGAGCAAGAAACACACUUUAGAGAAACUGUUUUAGAGCCUAUUUCUGGUUACAUGAUGAAACAGAGUCCUCAUAUGCAAGAAGAAAUAAAAUGUGUGGUAGGUCUAAAGACUCCAUUUCCCAAAACAGGGAAAUCAGAAAUUGGUUCAAUACCACAUGAUACCCCUUGGGAUGAAAAUCCUAGAAGGAAAUGGGAUAGUUCUAUUUCUGAGAAAACUGCAUGGGAUCCAAAAAACUUACGAACAGUCUUAAAACCUUUAGAUUUCUCCAGUCUCAUGUCAUCUGAAUAUGAAAGUCGGAGCUAUACAUUAGAGUUUAUAAGCAAGAAAAGUAUAACGAGUCCCAAACGUGUAACUUUGAAGACAAAGCAACUACCAAUUUCGCAGUUGUUUAAUAUCAUAAGGCAUUCUACAGAAAACCACAGAAAGAAAAAACAGCACCGCUUUAAGUACAAGAUGAAAGGGAGGCAAUGGUAUACAAAUAUAGGAGAGGCAUUACUCAGUGCCACUGAAUAUGCUAAGAGUCCACCAUCCAAAUCAAUGAUUGAUAAACUCUUAUUCAAUACAGCAGCAAGGGGCACUCUGUCUAACAGAACACACCAACAAAAUCUGGAUGGUCAUACUACAGAGGAAAAGGAAGAGGUACAAGAAAAUGUAGCUGCAAGUUCCUUGGGUCCUUUAGAUUUCUUUAUGCCUGUUUUAUCCGACUCAAAAAACCAGACAAACACAAUACAGUUAUCAGAAAGGAAAACUUUAUUGAAUCCCAAAUGUUUAACUAUGAAGGAAAAGAAAUCACCAAUUUCACAGAUACAUAAAAUCAAUAGACACUUUACUACAAAACAUAAGAAGAAACUUGAAUCCAAUUUAAAAACCAAACUGAAAGCAAUGUGGCAAGGUGAAAAUGUGACUGAUACAUUUCCAAAUACCAUUUCCUUCACUCCAGAUACCUCUGACAUUAAAAGGCAAAGCGGAUUCCAAACAGAGAUAGACAAGAGAAUAUCAGGGUUAAGUCAUACACAACCAACACAAAUAGAGUCACUAGCUGAAGGGAUAGCAAGGUGUUCUGACAAGAGAAGGACUUGCAACUCGGUAAAGGGAACAAAACUACAUGAUAGAGAAAGUGGGGAAAAGAAGCAAGAACAUCUUACAGAAAUGGAUCCAUUCUAUGCAGAAAACUUCAUGGCAAAUACACAUCUUAGAAAGGAUCCUCAUCUUGGUAAAUCAGAAGAUGUGCUUUUGGGAGAAACUUUUAUCUCAAAAAGUCAGUUUUACAAAGGGAAUUCAGAAAAAAAUGUAAAAAUAGAAAAAAACAAAAAUGGAAAAGAAAGUCUCAAAGUUGGGCUCCCAAGGAUGGAGAAAUCAGAUAAUUGUGCAGAACUCAGUGAGGCAAUAGAUGAUGUCAUAUCAAAUAAAUAUGAUAAAGAGAACAUUGGCCAUUCUGUUUCCAAAGAAAAAGCUUUCUGUAAUUUGGCAGCAAUUGUCCCAGAUUCUGUUGGCAGGCAUUCACCUGCUUCAGAAGAAAUUAAAAGACAGAAUGGCAGCCUUGAAAUAGCUGACAGGUCAAGUUCCCAAGGUAGACCUUUGCAGGCAAAGCAAUCAGCAGUUUCACAAUCACUUAAUACUGCAGGGUAUGCUAUUGUAAACGUUAAUAAGGAACAGAAACAGAACUUUAAAGCCCAGAAGACAGAAGCAGAAGCUGAUUUAAUAGAUGAAGAAGCAAAGAUAAAUGUUGCAGAAGAGUUUAAUCCAGAAUCUGUUUUUUUCUCUAAGAUAUAUCUACUUCAAAUUGAAAACAAGAAAGAAUCUAAAACUGCAGACUGGAAAACACGGGCAGAUCCCAAGACACUUGCCCUGCAAAAGAAACAGCAAGAGCUGUGUGUCUCAGGAACUAUCUGGAGUUAUCCUAAUCCCUACACAUCUAUUUUUCCUAAAAUCAUAAGACAUAAAGAUAAGGCAAAGACAGCUGAUGUGGAAAGUACUAUGCAUACCAAACAGAUAAAAUUGAAGGCAAAGAGAAUACCAGUUUCCCAGCUGCUUGAAUAUGGUACUGCAAGCAAUAAAAAAGAACUGAGAGGUAACAUCCAGCAGCAGAAGUCAUUCCAGCUGAGUAAAAAUGCAGUACAUCGAGUUCUAAAGGCUGUUUAUGACUCUGGAUACUAUGUGUCUAGCAUUAAAAAGCUUACAAAAAUAAAAAUGGAGAAAGAUGAGUCAAAAGACAGGGCAUGCAUUCUUCCACAGCUAAAGCUGGAGAAACCGCUACAAGAAAUGCAAAGGUCAUUGUCGGGAUGUACUGAUACGUCCAACAUUCUUAGAAAACAGGAACAAGAUAUUAGAGAAAACGAACAAAAACACCAAAGCAUUUCAGAAGACAUAUCCCAAUACUAUAUUGGACCGUUAAGGAUUAGUUCACAACAAAUCAAUUACAGUAGUUUUGACACCCCACAAGUUAGAACAGAUGAAGAACUUGAAUUCUUCAUCGCACAAAGAACAAAGGAAAAAGAUGUGGGCAUUGCCAAACAUUCAGUUUCAAUUCCAUGGGAGAGAGAAGAAUCAAAGAGACUAGAUAUUCCACUAAACUCAAAAGGACAGAAUGUAUUUUUUACAGAGUUGGAUACUUCUCAACAGAAGACUUGCCAGGAGCAAGAAUUGCUGAAACAAGAAGAUAUUUCUAUGACAAACCUGGGGUCUAUGGCCUGCCCCAUUAUGGAACCUCUUCAUUUGGAAAACACGGGAAAGGUAGCUGAGGAAAAAGAUGUGUACAUUAACAGAAAAAAUAGUUCACAUGUACUGGGAAGAGAAGGAUUAAAGGAAACUGCUAUCUUUGUAGGUUCUAAAGGGCAGAAAUUUCUUUAUACGAAUUCAGAGGUCCAGAACAAAGUGCCUGCAGUGCAGAAAGAACAGGUGAAUCCAGAUCAUGUUCCUGAAAGUAUUCUGGAUUCUGAAUCUUUCCUAAAUAAAGACCCUCUUCACUUAAAACAGACAGUGAAUACAACAAGAAAAGAAAACGUUACCAUCUCUGAAAGUUUCAAUGAAAAUCUCUGGGGAAAAGAGCAAUCAAAGUUGGAUAUUACAUUAAAAUCAAAUAGACAGAAAAUGGACUUUUCAAAAAAAUCGAGGAUGAAGCAUCUAAGUAAUUGUUAUCAGAAUAAAGAGAAUAUUCUGGAAUCCAUUUUCCCUUGCAUAUUGGAUCACCUUCAUGUUGAAAAUCCCAAGAAAGAAGACUCAGCAGAAGAAAUCAUGAGUUCAAAAGUUUUAAGCCCAAUGGUAGAGAAAGCAUCACACAAAGUAGGUAUUCUGGUGGAUCAACCUCCAUGUUCAGAAGGAAUAAAUCUGCAUAUUAAAAGAAGAAAAGAAUAUCUACAAGAAAGUAUACACGAAGCUUUUCCAGCAUCUGUUUCUCACUCUCUAACGGACAUACUUCAGAUUAAGUCACCAAAGGUAAAGAAAGCAUUAAAGGCAGUUGAUAGUUUAGGGUACCACACUUCAAAUACAAAAGGAAUUGGCUUGCUUUUUCCAAGACAGGCAGAGCAGGAAGAAAAAUGUACAUACGAGGCUCUUCCAAAGCCUGCAUCUCACUCCAAAACAGAUCUAUUUCAGUUCAAUGCAUCUAUGCAACAAGAGAAAUUAGAUGCUAUGGAUAUUCCGCAUUAUGACUAUUUAAUUUCACAGACUAGAGGAGCAGUAAAACAAAAGGAUGUCAUAGUUGGAUAUACUCAAAACAGUAAAGAAAGACAAGCCUUACUCAAAACAGGACAAAAAUGGCAGUACCUACCAAUUUCCUACAAGAACUUUUGGGAGCAUAUAUCUUAUCCUCAAAAGUAUCCUUGUCUCCUGCAACAUUUAAUGCCUCAGGAAAAGGAAACAUUAUCAGAAGGAGGUAAUUUAUCAAGCCAGACACCAGAACUAGACAUGUUUUCUGAAGAUCAACUAAGCACUAUAACUAAGAAUGGACUAGAAUGGAUUAUGCCCUUGAUUACUCCAAGGCAGAUGAAAAAACAAGAUACAAUGCUGCUCUUAGGAUCAUACCAUAAAACUAUAAAAUAUCCAAGUCUCUUAUUUCCAAAAGGAAUGAAAUCAUCAGAUGGGGUACAGGUAUUUGAUUUAAUAUCAAAUAAUAGCUCACCCAAGUUAAGACUUGGGAAGAAGAUAGAAACACAUAAGGCAAAUGAAAAGGUACAAAAAGAAGUGUGUCUGCCUGUAACAUUACAUUCUCUUUCUGCAUCCAUGCCUGUUUUGCAAGAAAGUAAAGGACAGAAGGAUAGUGUAAAACAAGUUAUUAGGAAAGGCGUGAUAUGCCACAAAAGAAGAACUUCAAAAUUGAAGAAAUCAGUAUUUUCACAUAUACUCAAUACCAGUGACUGUGGUUCCCCAAGUAACAGACUAGAAAUGCAGUGGAACGUGACAGAGAAAAUGGUCAAUGUGAAACAUAGAAUGAGUGAACUAGAUUUGGUUGCAGCAAAAAUAUGUGAGUCUAUUCUUUCUUUACCUCACUUCAAAUUGAAUAAAGACACAAUUGAUGAGGUGAUUUCAAGUAAUGUUAAAAGGACAAAGCAACGUAUAUCACAGGGAGAGAAGAAGGCUAGAGUGAAAGCAAUGGAUGUGAAAAGAACAAAAAGCCCUAAUAUCAUUUUGAAGCCAAGGAAGUCAUCACUGCCACAUAUACUCAGUGUAAAGGAAUUCCCUUUGCUGUUGGACAUUAUAAAACAAGAGGGCAGGAUACAAGAAGGUAAAGGGAAAUCAAGUAUGAAACUGACAAACUUGUGUACUUCUUUACCAUCUCUAUCACAUAGUAAUUCAAAUUCAAGAACAAAAGCAGGUAAAGGUAAGUCAGGAAUUCUAAAGGGCUGCCUUCCACCACUAAAGCUCCAGGCAUCAUCAAAUGUCAGACUAGUAUCAUUUGCAGAGUCAGUUAAUAGAGAGAGUUUAAGUAAUGUAAUAGAAUCAAAAUGUUUUCCACAGAAAAAGAAGGCAGAUAGAGAAAAUAUAGUAGAUGUGAAAGACAUAAUGGGCCUCAUAUGUAUCACUUUGAAAGGAAAUAAAUCACCUUUUAAACAUUUACUGCAUGGAAAGGAACCACAACAGAGCAAUAAAAAACAAGAGAAAAUUAUGCAGGAAGAUGAAAGUAAUCUAAAUGUAGUUCAGAAUAAACUCUGUACUUCUAUUCUUUCUCCACCUCACUUGGAAUGGAAUCCCAGAAUAAAAGAGGUAUACAUGAGAGGAAUAACAAGAUUCUGUCUUUCAUUAUCAACACACCAGGAAUUAUCAGAUACAAUGGAAAAAUGUGAGCAGCCCAUUGAUGAUAGUUUAAGCAGUAUCAAAAAAGCAAAACAUAUGGCACAGAAAGACAAAGACAGAGUGGAAAAGGCUUUGGAAAAAAACAUGCAUUCCAAAAGAAUAGCUCUGGAGGUGAAGCAGCCUUCAGUAUUCCAAGAAUUAGUGUUGAACAUCAAAGAAAAAGGGGGAAAGAUUCAGAAAGAUAAACAAGUUGAGAUUUUGAACAAACCUUUUGCUUCCAUCUCUUUUCCACCUUACUCUAAAGUGGACACAAUUAAAGGAGAGGAAGCCGUGGAAAUAAAAAUGAGAUCCUCUUUUUCACAACCAAAUCUCCAAGAGUCAUCAGACACAGAGAAAAUAGCAUAUGAAAAGUGUAUUUCUGAUAAUAUCUCAAACCGUGUAAAAAAGGCCCUAGAAACUAUACUGCAAAAAGAACAGGAGAGGCAAAAAAUGGAAAAAAAUAGGCCUUUGAAGAAAAUGAAAUCAUCAGUUUCACAGGGAAUUCAGUUGGACAUCAAAGAGCAAGAGAAAAACAUAGAACUUAUUAAAGGUGAAACAAGUGUGCUUCUGACGAAUGCCUGCACUUCCAUCCCUUCUCCUUCUCAUUUACAACUGGAAACAAGGAGAGAAAAAGCAGAGCAUGUCACUGAAAUAACAAGAUACUGUCUUCCAGAACUAUCACACCAAAAAUCAUCAGAGGCAGGGGAAAAAGCAGAUGGACUGGCCAGUGAGGGUGAUAUCACAACCGAAGUACAAAAGGCAAAAGAUUACAUGCAACAGAAAGAAAAGGAUGAAGUAAAAAUAUCGGCUAAGAAAGACAUAAUGCAUCCAGAAGACAAAGGUCUGAAAGGAAAGAAGGCACUUUCACAAGACCUACCAUUGAAUACUAAAGAGCCAGGGAAAAUGGAUCAAGAAGCUCAGGAGCAAGGGAAAGAGGACAGAGAAGGUGAGGAGCAAGGGAAAGAGGACAGAAGAGGUGCAGGACAAGAAAAGGUUGAUAGGGAAGACAAAGAGCAAGGGAAAAUGGAUCACAAAGUUGAAGAGCAACAGAAAGCAGAUGGAGUAGGCAUAGAGCAAGGGAAAAUGCACAGAGACAAGAGUGAACAGGAAACAGUUCUGUUCCUAUAUUUGCCUUCCAAUUCUUCUCUAACCCAUUAUAAAUUGGUCACAAGAAUAGAAGGAGAGGAAGACCAACAAGGAAUAAUCAGACCUGGUAUUUCACAACUAAGGCCUCAGAAAUCAUCAGAGACCAGGAAAAAAGCAAAUGGAGUGCCUAGUGAGGGUGAUAUCACAAGUGAAGUACAAAAAGCAAAAGAUUACAUGCAACAGAAAGAAGAGGAUGAAGUAAAAAUAUCAGCUGAGAAAGACUUAAUGCAUCCAAAAGACAAAGAUCUGAAAGGAAAGAAGGCACUUUCACAGAACCUACUACUGAAUCCUAAAGAGCCAGGGAAAAGGGAUGGAGAAGGACAGGAGCAAAGGAAAGAGGACAGAGAAGGUGAGGAGCAAAGGAAAAGGGAUGGAGAAGUUGAAGGGCAACAGCAAGCAGAUAGAACAGGCACAGAGCAAGGGAAAAGGGAUGGACACAAGAGUAAACAGGAAACAGUUCUGUUCCUAUAUUUGCCGUCUGAGUCUUCUCUAACUCGUUAUGAAUUGAACACAAGAAAAGAAGGAGAGAAAGACUUACAAGGAAUAAUAAAAUCUGCUGCUUUGCAACUAAGGCAGCAGAAAUCAUUUGAUGCAGGGAAAAUAGCACAUACAAACUCAUUUGCGGUGGAUAGCUCAAAUGAUGUAAAAACAGUACAAGAAUACAAGCCACAGAAAGAAGCAGAUAGAGGAGAAAUAGUAAGUGUGGAUUAUAUAAUGCAACCUGAAGGCACAAUUUUUGAGGCAGAGCAAUUAUCACUUCCACACACACUCAAUAUUCCUGGCAGCAGUGGCUCCAAAACUAGAGAAGUACCAACAAACUUAAAAGAAAAAUUGAGACAUGUACAGGAAAGAAAAAGUGAGCUAGAUGAGUUUCUGACAAUACCUUCUCUACCUCACUGUAAAUUAGACAAAGGAACAGCAGGCAAAAAAGAGGAACAAGGAAUAACAAGAUCUUUUCUUCCACCCUCAUGGCACAUGGAAUCAUUAGAUACAGGGAAAUUAAAAUAUACUUUGUUGUAUUUGAAUGAUAUCACAGGUGAUUCAAAAAGAACAAAAUACAUGGCCCAGAUCCAAAAGGAUAAAGCAAAUAUUUCAGAGAAAAGUGUAAUGCAUCUCAAGUACAUAGCUGUGAAGGCAGAGAAAUCAUCUCUUUUCCAUAUACUAAAAACAAAGGAACUGCAGGUGACCAUCAGUAAACAAGGGGAAAAGGCACAAGAAAGUGAAGUGGAAAUAGUUGUGCUUCUGAACAAAACUUGUCCUUCUGUCACUUCUUCAGCUUUCCUUGAGUUAGACUCAAUAAAAAAAGAGGAAGGUGAACCAGGAAGCUUUAUGCAACCUCUUGAGAUCCAGGAAUCACUGCCUUCAGAGCAAACAGCACCUACAAAGCCAACAGAGAGCCUUGUAAAGAAAGAGCAACAACCUCUCCCACAGAAAGAAGACGGAGUACAAACAGUAUCCAUGCAUGGCCUGACGCACCCCAGUGGUGCUGUUUUCAAGGCAAAGACAUCAGCACCUCCACAAGUGUUCAGCAGCACUGAGCACAGUCCUCUGAGCAAGAGAAAGGAGCCACAGUGGGGCAUAAAAGAGAGAGCAGGACAGAAGCGGGACAGGACAGGACGUCCUCACGUGAUUCUGACAAAAAUUCAUCUGUUCAUGCCUUCUCUCUCUCACCAUAGAUUCUCUCCUUCACAACUAAAGCUUCCUAUAUCAUCAGGUGCAGGAAAAAGCAGAUGUGCAAAUUCAAAUGAAGGUAUUAGCUCACAUGAAGUAAUACUAAAAGCAAAUCAAGAAAUGCCAUAUAAAGAGGCAAAGGACAGAGUAAAAAUAGAAGGCAGGGAAGGUAGAAUACUCCCCAAAAGGAUACAUUUGAAACCAGAGGCAUCCCCACUUGCACUUCUAUGCAAUAGAAAGAACUACCCUUUGAAUGUUGAAGAGCAAGGGGAAGGAGUACAGGAAGGCAAAAAGGAACCCGGAGUGGUUCCAAGGAAACCUUCUCCUUCAUUGCCUCCUCCUCCAUUUUACCUGAAAUGUGACACUAGAAGGAAUGAAAAGGAAGGCACAUUAGGAAAAACACAAUUCAGUUUUCCACCACUCAAGAUUCAGGAUUCGUCAGAUUCAGGCAAAAAAGCAUACACUGAGUCACUACAUGGUUACACGUUAAGUAACUCAAAAGGACCAGUACAACCCAUAGCACAGGAAGAAGAGAAAGGUGAACUCAGAAUAGAUACGGAAGACAAAAUGCUCCCCAAAUGUACGGACCUGAAGGCAAAGCAAUUACUACUCUCAGAGAUACUCAAUACCAAAAAAUUGCAGUGGAAAAAUAAAGAACAAAAAAGAAAGAUUCAGCAAGAUAAAAAUAAACAAGUUACGGGUCUGACAAGCAUGAAUACUUCUUUACUUACUCCACUUUAUCUUAAGUUUGAUACAAUAGAAGGAGAAGAGAACGUGAUAAGAAUUACAAAAGUAUCUCUCCCCCAGUCACGGUUCAAGGACUCAUCAGAUGCAGGGAGAAUAGCAUGUCCAGAAGCAACCCAUGGAGAACUUUCAAGUAAUGUAAAGCAAGUAAAAGCACACCUGCUACAGAAAGAAGAGAAGGAUAGAGAAAAAGUUGUGGAUAUGACCAGUGUACUGGAACCCAACAAAAUGUAUUUGAAGGCAAAGAAAUCGCCUGUCUUACAUACACACAGUUUAAGUGACCUUCAGUGGAAAACUAGAGAGCAAGAGGAGGAAAAGGUCCAGAAAGUUAAAAGUGGGCCAGAUGUCAUGUUGUCUAAGAGUCCUUCUAGAUCCUCCCCACUUCACCCUAACAUGAGUGCUGGGUUCCAGGAGGAAAGCAUACCAAUAUUAACAAGAUCCUCUUUUCCCCUAGUAAAACUCCAGGUAUCACCAGAUACUGAGGGAAGCACAUAUAUAAGGCCAAUUGCUAGUGGUAUUUUAAUCUUUCUACAAAAAGGAAAACAUGUGUCGCAGAACAAGGAAGAGGAUGAUGUGCAAAUAGUAAACAUCAUAAUAUUCCCCAAACAUCAGGAAGAGAAGACGCAGGAAUGUGAAGCUGAACCAGGUGCGGUUCUGACCAAAUCCACUUCAUUGCCAUCCCUAUCUCAACUGGAAUUGGAUAAAGAAACACAUUCAGAUAAUGAAUUGCUAAGGCUUAGAAGACCUAUUUUGCAGAGAAUAUCACACAUAGGGGAGACUGUACAUAGAGAGUCCAUUGUUGGUGAUAUCUCAAAAGAUGUUAAAAAUGAAAAGCAACAUAUCCCUCAAAAAGAAGAGAGGAACCAAGAAAAAAUAAUCGAUAUGAGAGGCACAGAUAUAACUCUGAAGUCAAAGAAGUCACCUCGUUCCUGUAUGCUCCACAGAACAGAACUGCAAGUGAACUUUGGAGGGCAAGGACGAAAGGAACAUGACGGUCAAGAUAAACCACCAGGUAUGAUUCAAAGAAAAAACUGCAUACUCUGUUCCAAACCAUUGCCAUCUAACCUUAAACUGGGGAGAGCUACGCAUGCAGAUGAAGAAAGGCUUGGAGGUAAGACAUCCUUUUUGCUUCCACUAAUGCCAUCAGCAUUACCAGAUACAGAGAAAACAGCAGAUGCAGAGGCAAGGAAUGGUGAUGUAAGAAAAGGAAAGCCACAUAGGUCACAGAAAGAAAACAGGCUUGAAGUGAAAAGGAUAGAUAUGAGGGUCAGGAUACACUGCCAAGAGCCAAGGAUUUCACCAAUGUCACAUAUCCUUAAUGCAAAGGAAUUAGUGUUGAAUAUUAACAAACUGGAGAAAAAAGUACACAAAGAUAAAGAUGAAGCAUGUGUGGUUCUGUCAAGGACUUUUCUUUCUGUAUCAUCAGCACCUCCUCUUUAUCUGGAUUCAGGGAACAAAAUAGACAAAGACACACCAGGAAUUACAGGAUCAUCUUGUCCACAGCAAAAUCUCCACGUACCCUCAAAUACCCAGAAAAUAGCAAAUAGAGACUCAGUUGAAGGUGAUGAUAAAAACAUUGUUAAGCAAGCAGAACAGUAUGUGCCCUGCCCAGAGGCAGAGCAACAGUGGAUGGCAAACUUCAUGAUCAGCAUCCAGCAAAGGAACGAACCUUCACGAGUCAGGUCAAAAGGAGAUUUGAAUCGGUUAGUUUUAAAUUCAGAGGAUGAGGACAUUUAUUUCACAGGGUUUGGUACCAUAAGAAGUGGGAAAAGGCUACAAUGGCUCUUUACAGGGAAAAAGACUCAGCAAGAAACUGAAAUAAUGGAUAACUUAAACCAUAAAAUCAGUCCUAAGGUUUCAGUUUCACUGCUAAGGAAAAUAUCUGAGGAACUGUAUGUCACAUUUGGCACCCCUACAAGUUCAAAAGGAUUUUCUGUUUCAGAGAGAUAUGCUCACCAGCAAGAAACUUCAUCAGAAGUAUCUCCAGAACUUGCAGGUUCAUGUAAGUUUGAUAAGCCAGGGAAAGAAGUACAAAGUAAUGAAAAAAUCAGCAAAAUGUUUUCUCCCAAAGUGUUAGCACCACAGACAAAGGGAUCACUCAAAAAAAUAAGUAUCAUCAUCAGUUGGAAUGCCCCCCAAAAUAUAGAAGAACAAGAUAUUGUCAUGAAAAAGCAAGUGAUGCGACGGUGUGAACAUGGACGCAAGACCAGGCCCAACACUAUCCUUUCUCUUAAGUUUCUACUUCAAAGUGGAAAGCAGAAGACACUAUCAGAAACAGAUGUGGACAAGAAAACAACAGCACACCCCAGCCUACAGAUGCUACCAGGAAUGCACAUGGAUAUGACAGAGAUUGACCAUGCAAAAGGGGGAAAGGAGCAGGCAUUGCUCGUUUCAAAACAAGAGGAAGGUGUUCUGGAAUUGCUUCCGAAGUCCCUAUUCAUUCCCUGGACUUUUCCAUUUCAAUCAGGAGAUCUGGAGGAAAAAGAUCAAACAGAUGCAAACACCAAUAUAAAUCUAGAGCAUAAAAGAAUAGAAAUGGACAAUGAUACUACUCUGAAUCAGAAAGAAGGGAAAUUAAAAAUAGGUGCAAACAGAGCCUUACAUCUGGAAGAAGAGAAGACAGAGAUGCACAAGGCCAGGACUGCCAGUCUGGAGAAGAAGAGAGGAAGAAUGGACACAAGCAGUAGUGCACACCUGCAUCUUCCAUCUCUAAAGGCAGAGGAAUCUCAAAUGAAGACUCAGGUCAUCACUCAAAGGGAGAAUAGCCACCUAACCAUGCAAAAGCAGAAAAAAGAACUAGAAGCAUCUAAUGCAAAACAAAGCAUUCAACUACAAAACUUAUUUCAAAGAAAUGUUUUGGAUUCAUUUUAUUCAUAUGUUCCUCUUUCUCCCAAAUGUAAAGACCAGAAAGGCAGAUUAACAAUAAGAGAUCUGAAAAGAGAAUUGAGCACCAAAUAUUUAACUAUGAAAAUCCAGAAUCACCCAAUUCCACAGAUGCUUAAUAUCACAGGGCGUGGUACACCAAGCAAUAGAAAGAAAUUAGAGUAUGAUGUUAAGCUAAAGAACAUGGUUUCGUGGAGUAAGGAUGUCUCAGGAAUAUUUAUCAGAAGUCUUUCUAUUUCCAUGAUGCGUUCACCUCACGCUGACUCUAAGACAAACCGAGAAAGAGAAAAGAGAAUCUGUCUUUCCAAAUUCCAGGAAAAAUCACCAAACACCAAAUUCCAGGAAAUGUUUAAGAGAGACACUUUAACAAUUGUAGAAGGGGAACAGGAUUUUACAAACACAGUUCCACAAGAUCCCCAGUCCUUUGCAGUGGACAAACAACAAAUGCAGAAACUUUCUGAUGUCAAAUCAGAAGCAAACCUCAGAAGUGAAAUGAAUAAAAAAUGCUUAAAAGCACAAACAAAAGAACAGAUUGUUCCAGGGCAUGAUGUCUCAAGGAUCAUUAAAAAACCAGACUUACGUAUCAUCAAGCAGGAAGAAAAGAUUCCAAAACGCAUUCUGACACCCACAGAGUGUCCAUCUAUGCUUGAAGAUCCAAAGUUACCCAAGCAAAGGGAUCAGAGUGAACCAGUAUGGGAUAUGAGCACACAAAAGGUUCAGCAACAAAAAGCUUUCCCAGGAACUGUGCCCAUACCGCCUCAAGUUAAAAGUAAUGAAGUCAAAAUAGUUGCAGACAGUACAAAUGCAGAACAUUUACUUCCCAUUUGUGAAGCAACCAAAGAUAUCUCUCAAUCCCAGGUUAAAAAUAUGAUCCAAGACAAAGUUUCUUCCGAUAAACUGGGUAACAUACAAGCCUAUAAGCCUGACAACUUGAAGUCACCACCUGUUCCAGAGGGCCCAGAUACAAUAUCAACAGUAAUAUAUCCCAAACUGCAGCACAAACCCCUUUUAGAACAGUUUACUCCCAAAGAAAGAAAUAAGCUUACUAAACAUUUAGAGUCAAAAGCACUUGAAAUACAACUGAAUCUGAUACCAGAGAUGGCAAGAAAAUCUUUACAAAUGUUCAACUUUUAUCCAAAAGGGACUAUUUUAAAAGAUAACAGUUGGAGAUUCUAUUCGAGACAUAAAACAAUGAGCUUUAUGUCUCUAGAAGGGACUGAUACCAUAAAACCUAACUCAAAACAUAAAUACCAAAAUGAUUCACCUCUUGUCAGUAAUAUGAAGACACUGACUGUUGAUAGUUCAAGUGGUGGUGAGGAGACAAUCACAAAGCCACAGAGUAUUAAUAAGUUAGAAAAUGGAACAUCUUCAGUGACUUCUGCUAGUGAGAUGCUGUUGCCUCAUACUCUCCAAAAGCACUCAGUAAAAGAAAAAGGCAAACUCCUCAUGCACUUUUCUGUGAAAACAUUGGAGAUACAAAUGAAAGCCUUUCCCAGAAUUGUAAGAGAAUCUUAUGCAAUGACCAGUGCUCGUGAGAGAAAGAAACCCUUAUCUAACUGUAUUCAUCCUGGUUUCACAGGACCAAAACGACAAAACAGAAUUUUGUUACUUUUUGAGGAAAAGUCUCUCCAUCAAAUAGAUCUUGAUUUACAAUACAAAUACCUUCGUUUUCUCCUGGGGCUUCCUGUUGGAAGUACAUUCCCUAAGCCAAAUUUACUUCCCAAACAUAAUAAGUUAAACACAAUUGCAAUGUGUAAAAAAGUAGAUGCUGGUGGAGAAAGUGGUAGUCUUUCCAUUGAUACAGAACUGUUAGAACAACAUAUUUCUUUCAAAAAGCAAAGUCCCCAUGAAAACUCAUCACUCAUCAGAAAAUUCCCAGAGCCAACCCCUGUGUGUGCUUCUGACCGUGAUCUGCACAGCCCGAGGAAGAAAGAUCCUCAAGUUCUUUCAGAGUCAGAAUUCCAUGUGACUCCAGAAAAAAACAAACAACAUCACGUAUGGUUUCAAGAAAGGAAUACAUAUGAAUCUGUUGAUUUAAGGACCCAGGGAAAUGCUACUGGUUCAGCUGUUUCACAUGAAACUCAAAUUUCUGAAGACUUUAUUGAUAUUCAGACAGACAUUGAGAGUCCAGCUGACUUGGACAAAUGUUCAUGUCUUGAAGUAAGUGAGAGUGAGGAAUGUAUGUUUCUGGAAGCCAACACUUAUUUAAGUCAGGAAUCAGAAAACAUUCUAUUUGAAUUACAGACAGGCAUUCCUUUGGAAAAUCUCUACAAAAUCACAACUGAUUUGAAAUCAUUUUACAGUGAAGAAUCAGGUUCCCAUUGUACUAGAGAGUGCAGAAAGGAAACCUUAAUUAUUACAUCACCUUCCUGUAAGUCCCACAAAAGCAGGAAAUAUGGAUCAUCUUUCAAAAUGAAAUCUCCUGACUGGUUGUGUCAUAGUUCAUUAAAUACUGUGGAAAUUCAGUCUAGGUCAUCUAGUGUAUCAUUCAGUGAAGAGAAACUUCCAUGGACUACCAAGAGCAGAACAAGUUACUCUUUAGCUUCCUUAACUGAAUCAAAUAUUAAAUUACAUCUUGCAAAAAAACAAGGCACGUCUCACAUGCACCCAGAAAGCAAAGAAAGAAAGAAGGCCAGAUCUGAUUUAUUUAGGAAGAACAACAGUCAUUGGGACCACAAUUACAGUUAUACACACAGUAAAGAGAAACGUGACAGAAAGAAGAGAGUGUAUGAUUAUGACUCAGAAAGACUGGAUUGUUUCCAAAGCAAACAUAAAUCAACAUCAAAACCUCAUCACAAUGAUAUCAACUUCUAUUCUGAAAGAAAACAAAAUCAGCCCUUUUUUUUUGCCUGUGUACCAGCAGACUCACUGGAUGUUAUACCCAAAACCAUUCGCUGGACUAUUCCCCCUGCAACCUUAAAGAAAAGAAACUUCAGAGUUCCCCUAGUGGCAAAGAUUUCAAGUUCUUGGAAUAUAUGGAGUUCCUCAAAAAAGUUGCUGGGGUCGCUCUCGGGGUCCCUUACUACAGUUUUUCGCAGCUGACAUUACCAUAGUUAAACUCCUCUGAAAUGGACAGCUGGUCGCUAUUGUGAUAUUCUGUUAAUAAAAUCAUAUAAUAUCCAA